GCACCAAACUCUACAAGCCAGUAGAAGCUGAGCGUUCCAUGAUUCAACAGGCCUGUUUCUGCCACGUGGCUCACAGCUCAUGGUACGUGGCACAUAGCCCUGGCUUGCUGCUGGCUGCUGCUCCGAGCACUACAAGGAAAGACAACAGAGCUGGGACCCCGGGAAGCUGUGUGAGACCCUGGGCAAGUCACUCCACCUCUCCAAGCUUCAUCUGGCUCGUCUGUAAACAAUAACACCCGCUCUGCCAGCCUUGCAAGAUGUGGAGACUGGCAGGAGAAGGCAGCCGGCUGCCCCAGGGUCCCGCAGUAGGCCGGCAGGACAGCCACGGCCAGUAGGCUCUGCUCUCCUGGAGAUCCUCCCAUCCCACAGCUGCUGCCGCUGUACAGACCACGUCCCGUCUCCGAGGGCUAGACACAUCUUCAGCUUGGGCAUCCCAGCUCUUGGCCAGCAGCAGCAGCCAUGAACUACGUGGGGCAGCUGGCAGAGACAGUGUUUGGAACAGUUAAGGAACUCUACAGGGGCCUGAACCCAGCCACCCUGAGUGGCGGCAUCGACGUGCUGGUGGUAAAGCAGACGGAUGGCUCCUUCCGAUGCUCGCCCUUCCACGUGCGUUUUGGCAAGCUGGGUGUCCUGCGGUCACGGGAGAAGGUGGUGGACAUCGAAAUCAAUGGAGAGCCUGUGGACUUGCACAUGAAGCUGGGGGACAGUGGCGAGGCCUUCUUCGUCCAGGAGCUGGACAGCGAUGAGGAAGACGUGCCUCCCCGCCUGUGCACCUCCCCCAUCCCAUGGGGAGGCCUGUCAGGCUUUCCCUCAGACUCCCAGCUGGGCACAGCCAGUGAGCCUGAGGGCCUUGUCAUCACUGGGAGGAGAAAGAGACGGCGCAGGAGGAAACCCAGGCGCAGGGAGGAUGCUGCGGACUCCAGUUCUGAGGACUUGGAGGCAGGUGUGGAGAGUGAGCUGGAAAAGCCAACACCAGAGUCCCCAAGCAGUGCUCAGGAAGAAGAGUCCUCAUCGCAGCCUAAAGACAUCUACCCAUACUCCGAUGGCGAGUGCGCCCCCCAGGCCUGCCUCUCAUCAGGUGACCUAAUGUCCCCUAAGAGUGACUCAGAGCUGGAACUGCGGUCCUCGGAGCCCAGUCCCCUGAGAGCUGAGUCUCACAUGCAGUGGGCCUGGGGGAGACUGCCUAAGGUGGCGAAAGCUGAGCGGCCUGAGUUCUCCGUGGACCUUAAAAGUGUGGCCGAGGCAAUCUGUGCGCUUUCUGGGGAACCUAGCCCUCCCCCCUCCUCCUCUGUGGCUGGUGUGGACACUUUGAGGCUCCCAGUGCUUCAGCCAGGGGCCAGCACUGAUGAGGAGGUGCACUGUGAGGGAACUCUGGUGGAGUCUUCCCUUGCUGCUCCAGAGAGUAAGGAAACCAAGAGUCAGAACUCCAAGGGUGCCGGCCACCCUCCUGCCACUAAGUCGUGGAGCUGGACCUCUCCGGAAAGCCACAUUUCCUCUGGGCAUCCAGGAGCCUCCAGGGAGAAAGGUUUCCUGAAGAGAAACCAGCACCUGGGCCCCAGUGACAUCUACCUGGAUGAUCUACCCUCCCUGGACUCUGAGAACGCAGCCCUUUAUUUCCCCCAGAGCGAAUGUGGGAUGGGGGCCAGGAGGUGGAGUGAACCCAGCAACCAGAAGCUCCUAGAGAACCCCAACCCUGAGCACAUAGCAGAAUCCACUCUGGACUCAGUGGACAGAAUAGCAUUGUCCCUCUGCGGGGGGCUGGCUGACACCCGAGACAUCUCCCUGGAAAAGUUCAACCAGCACAUGGUCUCCUAUGAGGACCUCACUAAGAACCCGGGGCUCUUGGAUGACCCAAACCUUGUGGUGAAAAUCAAUGAGAAGCAUUAUAACUGGGCUGUGGCUGCCCCCAUGAUCCUCUCUUUGCAAGCCUUCCAGAAGAACUUACCUGAGAGCACUGUGGACAAGCUUGAGAAGGAGAAGAUGCCCCGGAAGGGUGGGCGCUGGUGGUUUUCCUGGAGACGAAGGGACUUCCCGGCUGAGGAGUGCAGUGCCCAGAGAGAGAAAACCACAACCAGAGAGCAGCAGAGAGAGAAGACAGAAGUCCUAAGCAGUGAUGAUGAUGCCCCAGACAGCCCUGUGAUCCUUGAGGUCCCCCCACUGCCACCCUCCACUCCAGGCUAUAUCCCUACCUACAAGAAGUCCCUUCGCCUCUCUUCUGAUCAGAUCCGGUGUCUGAACCUGCAGGAAGGAGCUAACGAUGUGGUCUUCAGUGUGACCACCCAGUAUCAAGGCACCUGCCGUUGCAAAGCCACCAUCUACCUGUGGAAUUGGGAUGACAAGGUGGUCAUCUCUGACAUCGAUGGCACCAUCACCAAGUCGGAUGCUCUGGGCCACAUACUGCCCCAGCUGGGAAAAGACUGGACACAUGAGGGCAUUACUAGUCUUUACCACAAAAUCCAUCUAAAUGGGUACAAGUUCCUGUAUUGCUCAGCACGGGCCAUCGGCAUGGCUGACCUUACUAAGGGGUACUUGCAGUGGGUGAGCGAGCGUGGCUGUGGCCUUCCUAAGGGCCCCAUCCUGCUGUCUCCAAGCAGCCUCUUCUCUGCCCUCCACAGGGAGGUGAUUGAGAAAAAGCCAGAGGUGUUCAAGGUUGCCUGCCUGAGUGACAUCCAGCAGCUCUUUCUGCCCCAAAGACAGCCCUUCUAUGCUGCCUUUGGGAACAGGCCCAACGAUGUUUUUGCCUACCGGCAGGUAGGCCUCCCUGAAUCUCGCAUCUUCACGGUCAACCCCCGGGGAGAGCUCAUUCAGGAACUCAUAAAGAACCACAAGUCCACGUACCAGCGACUCGGGGAGGUGGUUGAGCUUCUCUUCCCACCCGUGGUGCGUGGUCCCAGCACAGACCUGGCCAAACCCGAAUACAGCGACCCCUGCUAUUGGCGGGAGCCACUGCCAUAUGUGGACUUUGAUGCCCUGGUUUGAGCCGACCCUGGCUUUUCUCCUUGGUCUCACCCGGGACUGAUGGUGUACUCGGGACACCAAGGACUAGAAGAUGGGUGCCAUGGGACUGACCCGACAAAAGCGCUACACGUUAGGUGGCAGCCAGAGACCCCUCCUUCCUCUUUGAAACAGAAAUGCUGCGGCUGUCAGUGUGACUACCCCGUACCAGGGCACCUGCCACCAUAAGGCCACCCUCUACUUGAAGAAAUGGAAGAAAAAGUAAUCAUCUCUGAUAUAGAUGGCACCAUCACCAAGUGAGGCCAGGCUGGCUACGGGGACAUGGGGAGUGUGAAGGGACCUACCUCAGGCCUCAGUACAGUCCUGACCUCCAACAAUUAAAUGUGUCACUAGAUCCUU